GUUUCUGCGAUUGGUCAUUGUUGAAAGUGAUAUUUAUUGGGAGCCGUGAAUUCAUAAUGGAUGGUGUGCAGGGCCCUGCCGUCCGUUCUUUCGCAGCUGGCGAUGUAGUACUGCGCUGCGAGCCCCUGGUCUGGGUGCUGAAGAGCCACGCUUACGAGACACGGUGCGCCUACUGUCUGCGGAAGAGUCAGAAAUUAAGCAUCUGUGCGGACUGCAAACUCCAUAGUUACUGUAACAGAGCUUGUCAGAGAGCUGACUGGAAGCUGGAGCAUAAACUUGAAUGCGAACUGUUGAUGACGACGAGUGGCAACGAUAUGGCCGCUUUGAGAGACUGCGGACCGUUGGGUAUCGGCUCGGAGUACAGUCUGGACAUGCCACGCCUGCUCAUCGCCAAAUUAGUCAACAAAAUCAAGUCGAACAAGAUGAUUACCGUCCCGGGAAUGGAUCCACAAUCUGUCAAAGAUUUCGUACUAACGCUGCCAGCAGAUCCCAAGCAGUCGACCAUCGCAAGCAAUCUCUCGCCAACUAAGUUCGUAUCGGAGAGUUCCAAGUCAAUCAAAAUACCAGCCGCCGACUUUCUGGCCUACUAUGGACUGGUCAAUUACAACGCUCUGCCGAUUUAUGAUGCUCUGCUGAUGGUCAGCCAACCGAUCGGGCUAGCCGUGUAUCCCGUGACGCCGCGCCAUAUGACCCUCGUGUGCUGGGACAUGAAUGCGUUGCUGCAUUACCACGGGCGACAGCUGGUCAUCCAUGCCGCCGAAGACAUUCCCCAGUAUUCCGGACUGCAAGAUCUGCGGUACAAUGCCUUUCAGGAGCCAUUUCGCCUGGCACGAGCCGAGCGUCGCGCUGAAUUCGAACAGCGCCACGGGUAUCCAUGUACUUGUCGCCGCUGCACGCCGGAAUAUGAGGCCGAGAUCAAUCCGCUGCGCUGCGUUACGUCGGGUUGCACGAAUUCCAUUCCCAGUGAUGAUCGUGCAAUGCAAGCGUGCGUCGAAUGCGGUGCCAUCAACGCUGACCGGCUGCGGCAGUUUCGCGAAUUCCUGCAGCAGCACGAUCGCAUUGUGGCCAGCUUUCCGGAGGAUCGCAACCGUCCCAUGCUCAAUCAGCUCUGCGAGAAGAUGGACGCGGCCGGCAUCAUUCAGUCAGAUGCCCAUAUCCGCUUCGUCUGCGGCCGGGAAUUACCGCACAAGUAUUUUGAUGAGAACCGGCUGGAAGAGGGGGUACAAAUGGUGAAGGACCUGAUGAGAUGUGUGCGGAAGAUAUACCCCGCGUACGGGGUGUUUCGUGCCCGCUUAUUGAUGUGUGCGGGAUUGAACGUCGUUACUCCGCUCUACAAGCGCAUGCUGGACAGUGGACUAAAUAAGCUGCCGCCACCGGCGAUCAGUCAACUGAAAGCAUCCGCGGCCACGGUGUGGGCUCUCAAUACGGAUUAUUGCAGUGAAGCGUGGAGUAUUUUAGUCAAGUUGUUCGGUGCGCAGUCCCAGGAGGUUCAGGAAGGCAAUGAGGUUUAUAAGCAGGCUGUUGCGCAACUGGCCCACAUCCAGCAGACUCUUGACGGCUUGAAAUAA